AUGUCACUCGAAGCUCGAGUGAAGUCUGUCCUGUCGGGCGAUACCGUCGUCCUGGCACAUGUCCAGAACCCAGGACAAGAACGCGUCCUGAGCUUGGCCUAUGUCUCAGCGCCGCGCUUACGGCGUGAGGGUGAUGAGGCAUACGGCUUCCAGGCUCGGGAAUUCCUGCGUGAGCUUUUAGUCGGUAAGGUGAUCAAGUUCGACGUUGUCUACUCGAUUCCAACUGGCGCCAAGCGUGAGUACGGAAUCAUCAAACUUCCCGGCUUCGAUGCGCAGCUGCCCGAUAUCAGUGUGCAAGAGGGAUGGUGCAAGGUCCGUGAGGAGGCUGGAAAACGCAGUGAUGAAUCGGAAGAGACUGCGGCUUUCCUUGCGCGGCUGCGCGCUCUGGAAUCGCUCGCCCAGGAUGCGGGACACAUCGAGACCAGCUACGAAUUGACCGAUGGUGCGGCCUUGGUGCAGAGAUUCAAGGGCCAACAGCUGGAAGGUAUUAUCGAGAGAAUCCUGAAUGGAGACCGGCUUGUGCUGCGUCUGUUGUUGUCCCCCAAGGAGCAUGUGCAGACCAUUGUGGCUAUUGCUGGAAUCCGCUGCCCAGCUGCCAAACGCACCACCGCCGACGGCAAAGAACAGGCUGGAGAGCCAUUUGGUGAUGAGGCAUAUCAGUUCGUGGAAUCUCGACUGCAGCAGCGGAAGGUCAAGGUCUCUCUCCUCGGUGUGACCCCUCAGGGUCAAUUGAUCGCUACUGUCCUGCAUCCCAACGGCAACAUUGCCCGUUUCUUGCUGGAGCAGGGUUUGGCCCGUUGCCACGACCACCACUCAACCUUGCUAGGCGGUGAUAUGGCUGGUCUUCGCCAGGCCGAGCGCAGUGCCAAGGACGCCCGCAAGGGUAUCUUCACCAAUCUAGCCGUCCCCAGGGCGACCGGUGCUGCCGCAGCCGACUAUACUGUCACCCGCGUCCUCAAUGCUGAUACUAUCUUCAUCCGAAACAAGGCCGGCCAAGAGAAGAAGAUCAGCAUCACGAGCAUUCGUCAACCCAAGCCUUCUGACCCCAAGCAAUCUCCAUUCUCUGCAGAUGCUAAGGAGUUCCUGCGCAAGCGUAUUAUCGGUAAGCACGUCAAGGUUACCGUCAAUGGAAAGAAGCCUGCCACCGAGGGCUUCGAGGAGCGUGAAGUUGCUACCGUUGUCCAGGGCAACACUGAUGUUGGUCUGGCAUUGGUCGAGGCCGGUUAUGCUUCUGUGAUUCGCCACCGUGCGGACGACGAUGACCGCUCCCCCGACUACGAUUCACUCUUGGUUGCUGAAGCUGAGGCCCAGAAGGAAGGCCGCGGGAUGUGGAACCCCAAGCCCCCCAAGGCUAAGCAGCUGGUAGAUUACUCGGAGAAUGUCCAGAAAGCUAAGCUCGAAGUCGGCGUCUUGCAGCGAUCAAAGCGUAUCCCAGCUGUGGUCGACUUUGUCAAGUCCGGCUCCCGUUUCACUGUCCUGGUUCCCCGCGAGAACGCUAAGCUUACUCUGGUCCUGUCUGGUAUUCGUGCCCCUCGAUCUGCCCGCGGGCCGGGUGAGGCUGGCGAGCCAUUCGGUCAAGAAGCCCAUGACCUUGCUAACCGCCGUUGCUUGCAACGCGACGUUGAGAUUGAUGUUGAGACCAUCGACAAGGUCGGUGGGUUCAUCGGUACUCUGUACGUAAACAAGGAGAACUUCACCAAGAUUUUGCUCGAGGAAGGUCUUGCCACUGUCCACGCAUACUCCGCCGAGCAAUCCGGCCACGCCAACGAGUACUUCGCAGCAGAAGAGCGCGCCAAGGAUGCUCGCAAGGGUCUCUGGCACGACUACGAUCCCAACAAGGAAGCGGCUGAGGCCGAGGCCGCCGAGGCAACUCACUCCAACGGUGGAGCUGAUACCGAAGACGCCUCCGCUCGACGCAAGGACUACCGCGACGUGACCAUCACCCACGUUGACCCCGCCACCGGUCGCCUAAAGCUUCAGCAAAUCGGCCAAGGCACCAGUGCCCUGACGGAGCUAAUGUCGUCCUUCCGCGCCUUCCACCUCGACAAGGCCAAUGCCAAGCCCCUCGAAGGUGCGCCCAAGGCAGGCGACUGGGUCUCUGCCCAGUUCAGUGAAGAUGGCAACUGGUACCGUGCCAAGGUGCGCCGCAAUGACCGCGAGAACAAGACGGCGGAGGUCGUCUAUAUCGAUUUCGGUAACUCCGAAUCUCUGCCAUGGUCCAGCCUCCGCCCUCUGGGCCAACAGUUCAGCGGCCAGAAGCUGCGUCCUCAAGCCACCUUCGACCGCGAGCUGGCCGCUAACGUCGAUUAUAUCGACGCCGAAGGCACCCUAUAUAUUACUCUCUUAGACGGCAACUCUGAGAGCCUUGAACAAAGCAUCAAUGCUGAUAUUAUUCGCGAGGGCCUGGCCCUGGUACCCCGCAAGCUAAAGGCGUGGGAGCGUGCCGCCUCCAAAACUAUCGAGAACCUCCGUGAGCUUCAGGCCGAGGCCCAAGCUGAGCGUCGGGGCAUCUGGGAGUACGGUGACCUGACCGAGGACUAA